GAAUUGUCUGUAGUAAUUACUAAUUUCACAGUCUGCAGCUUUUGUUUAUACUAUUACAAAACGCCAUUUUUCUUAUAUCAUUUCAAAGUUGCCAGUAUUGUUUUUUAUAUUGUGAAAGAACGAACGUCGAGAAUCGUGCAAGUGAAAAAAUAAAUUUAUAAAUUUUCAAUUGGAUUUUUUGCAUAAUGCAUGCAAAGCAAUCGUAGUUAUUUUACAAUAAAAAUAAAUUGUAAUAUUUAAAUAAUAAAAUGUAUAUAAAUUUAUAAGCCAAAUUGUAAGAAUAAAGCCUGAAAAACAAAAGGAAAAUUUUGUGAAAAAACGGGCCAUCAGCAAUUCAACACACAUACACAACACAUUGUCAUAAAGAAAAAAAUAAAUACGUACUUCUAAAUCGUUGUCCGUGGCGUUUGUGUAGUCAGUUACCCACCGUGUUGUAUUUAAGAUAAUCACAAAAUAAAAAAAUAUAUGUAUAAAAAUUAACGAAAACAAAAAGCCAAUAGAAAAGUCUCAUCUCGAUCUUGCAAGACUCCGGAUAAUAUCAAAUCGGCGAUUCUCGACAACAAUAAAAACAAGCAAGCAUUUAACAAAAGUGAUUCUUAGAGUAAUAAAUAAAUAAUUUUAACAUAAGCAAAUGUGUUAAAUUUGUGCCUAAUAUUGUGUUCUUAAUUUGCUGUGUUUCAAAUACAAGGAAAUUUAGACAAAAAUUCUUUUUAAUUCUAAGAAAAUUAAAAAUUUGCCAUUUGUGUAAACGAAACCAAACGAAAACAACAAAAAAAUUCUCUACCACAAAGUGAUACAACAAAAGGCUGAAACAAAUCCAUUAAUUUAUCAUACAAAAAACAUAAAACUAAAAUUAAAGGCUUUUAAGUACUAGAUUAAACAAAAAAGUUUAUUAAAAUGUAUCCCGUUGGACAACACACACAAUGGACUCCUUCGCCCACAAGGCCUCAGAGCCCUUCGCAACAGCAGACUAGCUUCGAUACACUCACAUCACCACCAGCACCUGGUUCAUCUGUGAAUCCCACCGCUGUAACCAGCCCAAGUGCUUCUAGUGUUGCUGUAGGUGGUGCCGUGGGUGGCGCAUCGUCCACCCAAGCAGCUGUUGCCUCCGCUUUAGGUGCUUCAUCGACCGUAACCGCAGCAACAGCAGCAGCGGCAGCUACUCCCACCACCCAACCUGAACUGCCAGUAUUUACAUGUCCUCGUCGUCCCAAUUUGGGUCGGGAAGGUCGUCCCAUAGUACUGCGCGCUAAUCAUUUUCAAGUUAGCAUGCCCCGUGGUUAUGUGCACCACUACGAUAUCAACAUACAACCGGAUAAAUGUCCGCGCAAAGUUAAUCGGGAAAUUAUUGAGACCAUGGUACAUGCGUAUAGUAAAAUAUUCGGUGUCCUAAAGCCGGUAUUCGAUGGUCGCAACAAUUUGUACACCCGCGAUCCUUUGCCGAUUGGUAAUGAUCGUUUGGAAUUGGAGGUUACUUUACCGGGCGAGGGUAAAGAUCGUAUUUUCCGUGUGACCAUUAAGUGGAUGGCUCAAGUAUCGCUCUUUAAUUUGGAAGAAGCUCUAGAGGGUCGUACCCGUCAAAUACCCUACGAUGCUAUAUUAGCUUUAGAUGUGGUUAUGCGUCAUUUACCCAGUAUGACGUAUACACCGGUAGGCAGGAGUUUCUUCAGUUCACCGGACGGCUAUUAUCAUCCUUUGGGCGGUGGUCGUGAAGUAUGGUUUGGUUUCCAUCAGAGUGUACGUCCCUCCCAGUGGAAAAUGAUGUUGAAUAUUGAUGUAUCUGCUACGGCAUUCUACAAGUCGCAACCUGUUAUUGAUUUCAUGUGCGAAGUCUUAGAUAUAAGAGAUAUUAAUGAGCAGCGCAAACCUUUGACAGAUUCUCAACGUGUCAAAUUUACUAAAGAAAUUAAAGGACUUAAAAUCGAAAUCACUCAUUGUGGUCAAAUGAGACGUAAAUAUCGUGUCUGUAAUGUUACCAGAAGACCAGCACAAAUGCAAUCAUUCCCCCUACAACUUGAAAAUGGUCAGACGGUAGAAUGUACCGUUGCGAAAUAUUUCCUUGAUAAAUAUCGCAUGAAAUUACGUUUCCCCCAUUUACCUUGUCUACAAGUGGGCCAAGAGCAUAAACACACUUAUCUGCCCUUGGAGGUAUGUCACAUUGUGGCCGGACAAAGAUGUAUAAAGAAAUUGACAGACAUGCAAACGUCUACCAUGAUUAAAGCCACCGCACGUUCAGCUCCAGAUCGUGAACGUGAAAUCAAUAAUUUAGUUAAAAGGGCCGAUUUCAACAAUGAUUCAUAUGUACAAGAAUUCGGUCUUACCAUCUCAAACUCUAUGAUGGAAGUAAGAGGCCGUGUUUUACCGCCACCUAAACUACAAUAUGGGGGACGUGUUUCAAGCAUGACGGGUCAACAACUCUUCCCACCACAAAAUAAAGUAUCUUUGGCGUCACCGAAUCAGGGCGUUUGGGAUAUGCGCGGUAAGCAAUUCUUUACCGGUGUAGAGAUUAGGGUAUGGGCUAUUGCUUGCUUUGCUCCACAACGGACGGUAAGAGAGGAUGCUUUACGUAAUUUUACUCAACAAUUGCAAAAGAUCUCUAACGAUGCUGGUAUGCCAAUAAUUGGCCAACCUUGUUUCUGUAAAUAUGCUACUGGACCCGAUCAAGUUGAACCCAUGUUUAAAUAUUUAAAACAAUCAUUUGCCAGUUUACAAUUGGUGGUGGUUGUACUACCGGGAAAAACGCCCGUCUAUGCUGAAGUAAAACGUGUGGGUGAUACUGUUUUGGGCAUGGCCACACAAUGUGUGCAGGCCAAGAAUGUGAAUAAGACUUCGCCUCAGACGCUUUCCAAUUUAUGUCUCAAAAUCAAUGUUAAGUUGGGUGGCAUCAAUUCGAUUCUCGUACCCUCUAUACGUCCUAAAGUUUUCAACGAACCUGUUAUUUUCCUGGGUGCCGAUGUUACCCAUCCACCGGCCGGUGAUAAUAAGAAACCCUCUAUUGCUGCUGUAGUUGGCUCAAUGGAUGCUCAUCCCUCACGUUAUGCCGCCACGGUACGCGUGCAACAGCAUCGCCAGGAAAUUAUACAGGAACUAUCGAGCAUGGUUCGUGAAUUGUUAAUAAUGUUCUACAAGUCAACUGGCGGCUAUAAACCUCAUCGUAUUAUUCUAUAUCGUGAUGGUGUGUCCGAAGGUCAAUUCCCUCAUGUGCUACAACAUGAACUCACAGCCAUACGUGAAGCUUGCAUUAAAUUAGAGGCUGAAUAUCGUCCGGGUAUUACGUUUAUUGUCGUACAAAAACGUCAUCACACCAGGCUAUUUUGUGCCGAAAAGAAAGAGCAGAGCGGUAAAUCUGGCAAUAUACCAGCUGGUACAACGGUCGAUGUUGGCAUUACACAUCCCACUGAGUUUGAUUUCUAUUUGUGCAGUCAUCAAGGUAUUCAGGGUACAAGUCGACCUUCACAUUAUCACGUUUUAUGGGAUGAUAAUCAUUUCGAUUCGGAUGAAUUGCAAUGUUUAACAUAUCAACUGUGUCAUACAUAUGUACGUUGUACUAGAUCGGUUUCUAUACCAGCACCGGCAUAUUAUGCACAUUUGGUUGCUUUUAGAGCUAGAUAUCAUUUGGUUGAAAAAGAACAUGACUCUGGUGAGGGAUCCCACCAGAGUGGCUGUUCUGAAGAUCGAACACCAGGAGCAAUGGCACGAGCCAUCACUGUACAUGCAGAUACCAAAAAGGUUAUGUACUUUGCUUAAAUUUACAUACAAACAAAAGUCUAUUUAUUUAUUUGUUUAAACGGUCUCUCUCUCGUACACAAUACUAAAUAUAUUAACUCUCUUAUGAAAGAACAAAAUGCCAAAAAAAAAAAUAUUAAAAAAACUUUAAACUACGAAAUUUUAAACAAGACACAAAAUCUUCGAAUAACUCAAUACAAACACAAAUGAAAGCAUUUUU